AUGUGCAAUACAAAAGAACAUCAACUGUGUGCAGAAUUAAGUUGCAGUAGUGCCUUCCCAGCUCAUGGAAAAAAUACACAAUCCUUAGAACAGUCUGAGGAGCUUACAAAACAAUAUCAUGGUAGCUCAUUGCCAUCCCAUGAAAAUGUGACUGAAAGAAAGAAAAAUGCAGUACUUUGUAAGUCAAAAACUCAACCUAAUAUAAAGAAUUUUGAUAAAAAAUGUGGGUCACUGAAUCUACCUCAACGUGAUAUCAACAGUAGCAGCGACACCAACGAUAGGAAUUUGCAGGAAGGCUCAAGUGACUUGUCUGGGAUUAUUCCUCCACCUCUUCAAUUUAACAGUGAAAGUAAGACAGAUUCUAGCAAGCUGCUUUUUACUGACAAGACGAAGCCUGAAGAAACUGUUUAUGAUGCUGAUAUGGAGUUGACUGCCAGUGAUGCAAGUGAACUACUCACAGUUACAGCAAAAGGCAAUUAUAAAUGGCACCGAAAUAAAACUAACAAUGCCAAUUCUGACAAACUAUUACCAAAUUUCAGAAAAGUAAAAUAUUCUAAGAAGGAUAAAGAGAAAAUUAAAAGCAAGACUGAAGUCCAUUCAAAUUUGCAUGCAGAAGAAAAGCACUCUAGGGCUGACAAUAGUGAAAUUUCAGAAACUACUGAUUCACAAGCUCAGCUAUUCCGAAGUCAGCCAGAACAGCUACCUACAGGAAAUUCUGUAGAGCAAGAGAGUAGAACAAGUAAAGCUAAGGACGCCAGGAGGACAGACCAGGUUAAUGUAAUGAGUCCAAGAAAACAAAAGGCAAAUAAAGGAACUUCCUCAGAAAUGUCUGGAGAAGUGGACAGCAGAAUACAAAAAACAGACUUGAGCUCAUCUGUUAACAAGAUCCCACCAGAAGUUUAUUGUGCUGAAAAUUUACAAUUCCAAGAUAACAUUUCUGAUGUAUUGCCUUCUUUAUGGGAGGGCUUUCUGAAUACGAAUGAGAAAGAUAACAAACCAGCAAUAAAGACAAAAAUUUCUCAAAACCUUUCCAAAGCAAACACAGCAAAUUCCUAUAGAGAGGAAAAUGGCCAGUAUGGAGAAUAUAUUUCAAAAAAAUCUCAAACAGAGAUAAACCAGUGCGACAGCAGCAAGAGAAAACAAGACCAGAAGAAUAUUACACAGAGAAAAAUCAACAAAAAAAGUAGUUGCAGACAAGAUGGAGAAACUGAAAAGGACAGCCCUCAUAAAGCUGGUCAGAAGGCAGACCAAAAGAGCAGCCAUUUCUCACCAGACAGACUGAAGUGUGCAUUGGCAAAGGCCAGCCGGAAAGCAUGCGUAAUACCAAAGGAAAAUCUUACAUGGUUCCCAGUUUGUAAAAAUGAACACCUAAAAAAUAAGGAUUUGUUGCUUGCAGAGGCUGGAAAGAAAGUAACUAUAACUCAACAAAUUCAGGUAGCUUUAGUUACUCAGAAUUGUUCAGCUCUGAAUACACCGCAAGCUAAAGAGCAGGUUGAUGAUGAUGCUAAUGGGUUAAAGAAAGUAGAUUCCUCAGCAGUGGCCAAAAAAACCAUCUCCCACAUAAGUGAUUUUCCUGAUAAGCAUGUAAAGCAGAAACAGAGGUUUAGUUCUCAUAUUACUGAGACCAGACAAGAAAAAAUGUAUUUCAGGCAUAUUGAUCAGGGGGAUCAGAAUAUUUUGGAUGACCAGGAAGUCCCUCAUGAAAUGAGUUCCUUUGUGAGUAAGUUGAGGCCUGUGAUUGAAGCUGAAUGCUGUAAGAAUAUGCCAUGUAAGGCAAAAAGCUUUUCCCAGGAAGGUCUUUCCAAUGUGGAGCUCCCAGCUCUUGAUAAUCACAGUACUUCCAUCAACUUCUCUAUACUGAAAAGCUCUGAAAUCCAUGGACAAGAUGAUCAUAAUGAAGUACCGGAUGCUGAAAAAGCAGAACAAAAUACGGAUCAUAUUUCUAAGCAGAGUAACAAAAAUACUCUGACACCUUGUCAUGGGAGAAAAGCUUUCCAAGAUCUGACAAAUACUAGUAUACAGUUUCACACUUCUGUACCUAAAUCCCCCCAAACUUCAGAAGACUCAGCAGCACCACGUAGAAGAAGCAGACCCAACGUUUGCUACAAGGAGCCCAAUCUGCACAGGAAAUUAAGGCGAGGAGAUCAAUUUACAGAUACACAAUUCCUGAAUUCCCCAAUCUACAAAGUAAAAAAUAAAGGAAACUUUAAAAGCAAAUCAAAAUUUUAUUGAAGAAUAGAGAAUUACCUUUAUGGACAAAUACUUCUAAAAUGGAGACAAUUGUUUAUGUAUAUAUGUAAAUGUUUAGCAGUAUAGAGUGUUUGUCGUUCUUUGAUUAGUAAAGCUUCUCCAGUGAAAUUUUCUGGAGAAGAAUCUCUAGAAAAGGGGCACAGAAUACUGUGCUGAA